AUGGGACGAAGCCGUAUAUCAGGUAAUGGCUACAGAUAUAACGUCAGCAUUCCAAUAGACAACGACUUAGAUGAAACUGAAAUGUCGCUGCCGCCGCCGAAGGGUCGGCCGUCGCCGGAGAAGGCUCGGACUCUGAAAUUUCCCAUCGAGAGGAAAGGAGGUGAAUUGAGUACUAAAAUUGUAGACGCAAAUAGUUGGAGUACUAGGAGAGUGCCUGAUCGAUUACGUGAAGUAAAUGCAGAAGCCUAUGAACCAUAUGUGAUUUCAGUUGGUCCCAAUUUCCGUUUCCGUUAUAUGGAAAACUCGAAGGCAAUGAAAGUUGUUAAAAAGAAUUGCUUCAGUAGGCUUAUUGAGAAAACCAAGCUUGAUCCCAGCGUACUUGUAGGGGCCAUGAAAUCAAUAGCAGAACGAGUUAAAAAAUGCUAUAAAGAUGACUCUGAUGGCGUUGACUCUGAUGUCUAUGACUUGGAUAGAUUUGACUCUGGUGACUUUGAUAGCUUUGACUCUGAUGACUUUGCAGAAAUGCUGGUCCUUGAUGGAUGCUUUAUUGUUCAGCUAAUGCUGGGGGAGUACCCAGAAGAGGAUUUUUGCCAACUGGGACGGAUUCAAACUGACAUUCUGUAUGAUUUGUUACUGUUCGAAAAUCAGCUUCCUUUCUUCGUGCUCUUCAAGAUAUAUCGCAUAAUAACGUCAAAGGGUGAAGAUGCUCUCGACGAGUUCGGUCGUUUGGCUCUUUCCUUAUUCACAAAAGGUCCGGAUCACGGACCGGAGAUGUGGUCUGAAAAGUACUGUCCCACUGCCACGAAAGAUAUCAAGCAUCUUCUGGGCUUAGUACAUGAUAGUUGCCUUCCUUCACUUCGAGGAAGAGAUCUCCACAGGGAUUUUAAACAAAAAGCCGAAGCGGAAGGAAAAGAUCCAAAAUCCCAACGCUCAUGGAAAUUCAUACGCAGUGCAACAGAGCUGGAAGAAGCAGGAAUCAAUUUCUUUGGUGAGAAGUUGCAAGAUAAGAGCAAUAAAUUAGGGGUGGAGAGCUUGUUCGAUAUAAAAUUUACAAAUGAUACAAAAGUGCUGAAGAUUCCAACCUUCCGCGUUGACGAUAAUACGGAGCGUAUCUUGCGAAAUUUAAUGGCCUACGAACAAUCCAUCCCAAGUUCGGAACCAACUUACGUUUGUGAUUAUGUGACGUUCAUGGAUAACCUCAUCAACACAGGCAAGGAUGUGCAAUUACUCUGUAACUGUGGAGUUAUUGAUAAUUGGUUAGGAGAUGAUGAAGCAGUUGCCCAAAUGUUUAACAAACUUGGCAAAAACAUUUACUCGUCCGAGGACUUCUACUAUGCGGAGCUGGAAGAGGCAGGAAUCAACUUCGUAAAGAAAGGUAAGGAGGGGAAAGUUAAGAACGGGGAAGAGGAGCAAGUUAAAAGCUUGUUCGAUGUAGACUUUACAAAAGAUGCGAAGCUGAAGAUUCCAACCUUGACGAUGAUACAGAGCGUAUCUAGCGUAAUUUCUUGGCCUAUGAACCAUUUAUCCCAAGUUCGGAACCAACUUACGUACGCUUUUGAUUACGUGGAGUUCAUGGGUAAGCUCAUCAACUCAGGCAAGGACAUACAAAUACUCCGCAAACAUGGAAUUAUUGAUAAUUUGAUGAAGCAGUUGCCCCAAACGUUUAACAAAAUUCUCGACUUUACUUACUCGUCAAAUGACUUCUACUAUGAGAAGAUAAUUGGUAAUUAA